AUGGGAUUAUUACAGCUAUUCCUGGUUCUCUGCAUGUUUUGCACUUCCUCAGGUUUUGGGGUUGACCCUGCCCUGCGCAUCGACGUGUUGGAUGAGCUAACGCUCGGAGAGGGCUUUGAUGGAGUUACUCAGGUCCAAGGCUUCCACAGCGAGUCUAGAGCUUUCCACUUCCAAGGAUCCUCCAGGGAGGUGAAAGCUCCUGCUGGGGUUGUGGAGCAAAUGGUCCAGAAGCUUAAAGGCAAAAAUGAGUUUACCCUGCUGGCAACGCUCAAACAGGAUCACCUCAACUCCGGAGUCAUCCUCUCCAUCCACCACUCUGAGCACAGAUUCCUUGAGCUUGAGAGCAGCGGCCAGCGCAGUGAGGUGCGUCUUCACUAUCGCACCAAAAGCCAACAAGACCACACUGAGGUGUUCCCGUACAGCCUGGCUGACGACCAGUGGCACAAGGUCUCCGUGGCCGUCAGCGCCUCUCACGUCAUUUUACACGUGGACUGCAACAGGAUCUAUGAGCGGGUGGUAGAAGCCCCCUUUAUGGACAUUCCGGAGGACGCUUCCUUCUGGCUCGGACAGAGAAACGCAGCCCAUGGCUUCUUCAAGGGCGUGAUGCAGGACGUGGAGAUCUUGGUGAUGCCCCAGGGCUACAUCUCACAGUGUCCAGAUCUUAACAGAACAUGUCCAACCUGCAAUGAUUUCCACGGACUUGUGCAGAAAAUCAUGGAACUGCAGGAUAUUCUUGCGAAAACAUCAAGCAAGAACGGCACAGUACAAUGUGAGGCCAUCUCCUGCCCUCCCCCUCAGUGCCCUGCAGGCACGGUGCCUGCCUACGUGAAGGGGGCCUGCUGCAAGGAGUGUCAGCCUGUCUGUUUGUUUGGUGGAAGAGAGCUGGUGGAGGGAGAUCAGAGGGCUGUGCGUGACUCCUCUGGCAGGUGCCUGCUCUUUGAAUGCCGGGACCGGUCCAUGCAUCGAGUGGUCCCCAGUGAGCCCUGUCCAGAGCUCAACUGCCCAGAGUCGGAGCAGAUCGCUCUGAGCAGUAGAUGCUGCAAAGUGUGCAGAGGUCAUGAUUUCUGCUCGGAGGGUCACGGCUGCGUGGAGCACUCUGACUGCGUGAACCUGGAGGCAGGAGACUGCUGCGUCUGUAAGGAUGGCUUCCGCCCACUGCGGGACGAUAACGCCUACUGUGAAGCACUUCAGAUUCUUUUGCUUCUGACUCUGUACUGCUGUGUGGAGAUGCAACCCUCUUUUCACAGCGCACGCUAUUAUGAAGCAUCUGUUAUUGUGUGUUUCCUGGUGUGCUGCAUGAACUAA